CAACAACGACAACAAAAAAUGGAAAAUUUUUUAUUGAAAAUGAAACUUUGGCCACAAAAAUUUUCUCAUGAAAUACCCUUAUCUGAUAUAGCCGUAUCAUUUUUUCAAUCAUGGAAAAAAUAUAUUGCCCGAAUGGAUUACAACCUUGAUGAUUAUUAUCGGCGAACAAUUCCACAUACAUUUCAAACAUUUUUACCAUCAAUAACCAUCGUAUUAGCAGCAACAAUUACAAUCGUAUAUCUAAUCAUUUUAGUUGCAUUUCCAGCAACAGCAACAACAAUUUUACCAUUUACAUUGAAUGAUUUGGAAAAAAUUUUGAAAUUUCAAUCAUUCAAUCUGAUCUUAUGGUAUUCUAUAAUCGUAUUGUUUAUACUAGAAACCGUAUGGUUCGUUGCAUUCCGAAAAAUUCUCAUAUAUGAUUGUCGUAUAAAUGAUAUAUUUCGAAAAUAUCAAUAUUUUCAUAAUGAUGAAACAUUUGUCGAACCAAAAUAUCGCCAUUAUUUCCAUUGGUUUAUGACGAUAACGAAUCUAAUCGCGAAUUCAAUUUAUAAAUCAUUGCUUUAUAUUUUGAUUCUCACGUUAUUAAGGAUACUGUAUUGGGUAUUAUACAUAUAUUGGGACAAUCGAAUCGAUUUCAUCAAAGUUUUCAUUUUCAUUAUCGUUUGUAUUGCCAUCGCUUGGCAUACAAAACAUUCAUUUGGUAUUUUAUUCAUCUCUAUACGUCAUCUGUUACAAUAUAUUGAAUUAUUUCGUAUACAAGUGAAACAAUUAGUGAUUAGAUUUAAAUCUAAAUCGAGAAUCAGAAAUUUUUGGCAUCAAUUUCAUCGUCAUUAUUUGAUAUUAUUCAAUGAAAUAAGUACAAUGAAUUAUACUUCACGUGAAUUUUAUAUAAAAAUGGAAUUGAUUUCAAAAUUUUCGAUUAUCAUCUCCAGUUUAUUUUAUAGUCAACAACAACGAAUGUCCGUAGUGAAUACCAUUCUGGUCAUACUUUUGUUGGCCGUAUUUUUUUCAACAAUUGCCGUUUAUCUUUGGUUAUCAUUGAUUCCAUCUUAUAAUGAACAAUUUUAUCAUUCAACAAUGAAACGUUAUGUUCAUAGUUUUGUUGUUGUCGAUAAUCAUCACCAACACCAAAAGCACCAGCAUCAUCGUCAUCAACGACAUUUCAAACAAUUACAACGUAUUCGACAAUUUCGUGAUCGAUUAAAAAUUAGCCAUUUUAUUCAAUCAAUAUCGGAAAAUCUUUUCGGUUUCACUUGUGGACAAAUAUUUUUCAUCAACAAAUAUAAAUGGAUUGAAUUAUUCAUGUUCAAUUUUGUGAUUGUUUGUCUUUUUUAUAAAAAAUUUUGUCUUUAAAUCAUCACUUUUUUUUUCUCCACUCAAUGAAAGAUUGAUUGAUUGAAAAUUCAAUGACACAUCAGUUGAUGUUUUUUCCCCUGUUUCAACACUUUCAAUGUCCAGUUAUUGUAAUUAAAAAUAGCAAAAACAAUAUUAAAAAAAAUAAACGUUUUGAAAUUUCAAAAAUAACUUUUUUUUUGUUUGUCAUUGUUUGAAUUUACAAAUUUAUCACCACAUGGAAGGAUUAUUUUUCCCUCUCACAUUUUCAUUUCUGAAAAUAAAACUGAGAAACAGAAAAAAAAAUUGGAUCGAAUAUGUUGACAAUUGAAAAACGUUUGCGUUGUUGUGUGCGUCCAUUAAUUAAUUUCAUUGCGAUGCAUUUAUUUUCUGUUUGAUUAAACAAAGAUAGGCUAUCAUAUGGCAAAAAUCAAUUUCGUGGUUGUUGAAGGCAAUAUUUUUUUUUAUAUUUAGUUUUGACCAAAUCAAUUCAUAUAUCUUCUUACAAAUGACAAUGUGUCCACACAUCCAACAUCCUUGAAUGGAAAUCGUUUCGAAUAUCGUAAUAACGUUGCUGGUAUAUCGAUAAAACUAUCCAUAUGUGGUAUUGGACCGAAUUUCU